AUGUUGUAUGCAGUUUCUCCAGUGAGUCCCUUUACGAGCAGCAGCAGCAGCAUCUGUUACCCUAGAAUCUGUUUUCAUCACAAGCGUUUAGCUUCAACAAGGCUUAAUAAGGCCUCGGCCUUGGUCUCGGCCUCAGCGGGUCCCAAUGGAGUGAAGGUCGAGUACACUCCAUGGCUGAUUGUUGGCUUGGGCAACCCUGGGAACAAAUAUCAUGGAACUCGACAUAAUGUUGGGUUUGAAAUGAUAGAUCGUAUCUAUCAAGAAGAAGGCAUUUUGAUGAACACUAUACAAUCAAAAUCAUUGAUUGGCAUAGGUUCCAUAGGACAGGUCCCCGUUUUGUUGGCCAAACCUCAAACAUAUAUGAACUUCAGUGGAGAAUCGGUUGGGCCACUUGCAGCAUAUUAUCAAGUACCCUUGCGCCACAUCCUACUGGUAUAUGAUGAAAUGAGCUUACCAAAUGGAGUUUUGAGGCUUCAGCCAAAAGGAGGACAUGGCCAUCACAAUGGGGUGAAGAGCGUAAUGCAACAUUUAGAUGGCCGUCGAGAAUUUCCUCGGUUUUGCAUAGGUGUUGGAAACCCUCCUGGUACAAUGGAUAUUAAAGCUUUUCUUCUUCAAAAGUUCAGUGCCUUGGAAAGGGAACAGGUGGAUGCUGCAUUGGAACAAGGUGUUGAGGCCGUUAGGACACUUGUUACAGAAGGAUUUAGCAAUCGGAUUAAUAGGUUUAAUAUUGGGCAGAAGUACAAAUAUCACAAAGUUUAA